GGAAGAUUGAAAUUGGCACGUUGGAAUUUCCAUUUAACCUCGGCACUGCCUGCCUAGGAAGAUCGACGGUCUAGACCCAGACCAAAGCUUGUCAGUUUGAGUCUUUCAGCAGUCCAGCACAUUGGCACUGCCGUCGAAGUACCUUUUUGACUACGCGGCUAAAAAACACGAGAUUGAACCCCAAAAGCUGUCAGAGGACCCGAAAGAGGGGAGCCGCCAAGAUGAACUACGCCAACAUGAUUGAUGAGAAGAGACUUAAGAACGGUUUCAUCAUCGCAACACUCAUCUCGACCAUCGCCGGCACGUUCACGACGGGAAUCAACCUGUUUGACCGCAUCGCCGACAAGCGCAAGCAGGGGAAACUCGACCACGGCCAGGACCAGAAGAUCAAGGAGCUCGAGCAGCGCAUAGCCAGCGCCGAGUCGGGGAAUGGCCGCCCACGACCAGGCAACCGCGGCUCCGACAGUGACUCGGACGCCAGUAACGAACAGCUGCGAAACUCGCUCCAGCACGGCGGCGCCUCGGUGCAGCGCGAGUUCGACCAGCACUACGCCCAGCUCGGGCCGCGGUUUGCGCAGGGCGACUUGGUGGCGCAGACGCAGAUCCAGGGCCAGAUCAUCGUGCUGCAGAGCACCGUGAUCAAGAUGCUGCAGGAGGCGCUCGCGACGGGGCAGCCGCCCGACAUCGGCCGGCUGUGCAACGCGAGCGAGUUCGCGCGCGAGGGCAGCGUCCGCGCCCUGCGCGACCAGUACCGCCGCAUGCUGCAGCCGGCCGCAGCACUGGCUCUCCGGCGGCCGAUCGGGCUUGUUCGAAGGACCUCAUCGACGCCGACGCUGCGCGACAACAAUGCACCUUAUCCGUAUCCCGCAGCCCUGUCUGUCUCGAGCCACCAGUCGUCAACGACGACAACACGCGGCCCGCCGGCGCGAGCGCUAACGCGGUUCGACCAGAACGCCCCGCUAUUUUGCCGCUUCGCCGAGCACCUGCAGCACCGCAGCCGGAGCCACGCCGACAUGGACUCGCUGUACGGCGGGGGCGGUGUUGGCGGGUGUCCGGUGUGCGGCGCGGAGCUGGGGGUGCUGGAUGGCAGUCCGGGGACGGGGAGCCAGGCGUGGCGGAUCGAGAAGGAGGUGGUCGUCGAGCGGGAGCGGCGAACGGCGCGGGGGAGUCCGCACCGGUCUGCAGAAUACAGCCACGGACACAGCCACGGACACGGCAGUGGGGUAGGGACAGAAACGAUCGAGGACGUGGUGGUGACGCGGACGUUUGUGCUGACAGACCGCUUCCUGGCCAAGUGCCACCGGGCGGGCGCGGGAUACGCGUGCUAUCUGUGUUUCCGGCACCGCGAGCGCGACACGCUGUGCAAGAGCGACGAGGGGCUGGUCAGCCAUGUGUCGAACCAGCACAGCAUCAGCGAGUACGAGGGCGAUCCGGACAUUAGGGAAGCACCGAGGGCUUUGACGUAUUAGAUAGGGGCGGUUAGAUACUUAAUGAUUAGAUACCC